AUUCACACUUGUUGCACAAAGCGCUGCUUGUGCGUUGCUUACAUUGUCAUGUUGGGUCUCGCUGCUCGUUUAUAAUGAUGUUCUUCAUGAUCAUUGAACACUUCUACAGCAUAAAGACUCGUCUUGUGAGGAAUGGAGCCCCGCACACUUAGUGCACGGCCCAGGAUGGACAGCCUGGACCCCGAAAUCCUGUACGUCUCUCCAGAGCAGACGCUACCGCUCUCUGCCCCGGACGUCCCCAGCUUGGCACUAGUGGGAAAUCGAGACUCAUCAGACCAGGCAACUUUUUUCCAGUCUUCAACUGUCCAAUUCUGUGGGAAGAAGAUGAAUGGGUCUCUGGACCACCCUGACCAACCAGAUGUUGAUGCCAUUAAGAUGUUCGUGGGGCAGAUUCCCCGGUCCUGGUCCGAGGAGCAGCUUCGGGAGCUGUUUGAGCCGUACGGAGCGGUCUAUGAGAUAAACGUUCUCCGAGACCGCAGUCAGAACCCCCCUCAGAGCAAAGGCUGCUGUUUUAUAACUUACUACACCCGCAAAUCAGCCCUGGAGGCCCAGAAUGCACUGCACAACAUGAAGAUCCUCCCAGGGAUGCACCACCCGAUCCAGAUGAAGCCAGCGGACAGUGAGAAGAACAACGCCGUGGAGGACAGGAAGCUUUUCAUUGGAAUGAUCUCCAAGAAGUGUAACGAGAACGACAUCCGGAUGAUGUUCUCAGCAUACGGGCAGAUAGAGGAGUGCCGGAUCCUCCGAGGGCCCGAUGGACUCAGCCGGGGUUGUGCGUUUGUGACAUUCACAGCUAGACAGAUGGCCCAGUCAGCCAUCAAGUCCAUGCACCAGUCCCAAACCAUGGAGGGCUGCUCGUCGCCCAUCGUGGUGAAGUUUGCAGACACGCAGAAGGACAAGGAGCAGAAGCGAAUGGCCCAACAGCUGCAGCAGCAGAUGCAGCAGCUCAGUGCUGCUUCCAUGUGGGGAAACCUCACGGGGCUCAACAGCCUGGGCCCGCAGUACCUGGCAGUGAGUCUCUACUUACAGCUGCUGCAGCAGUCGGCCUCUACGGGGAGCGCACUCAGCAACCUGCACUCGGCCUCAGGUCUUAAUGCCAUGCAGAACCUGGCUGCUUUAGCGGCAGCAGCGAGUGCCACACAGGCCACGCCCACGGGCUCCAGCGCCAUGACAACAUCUAGUAGCCCUCUCAGUGCACUCACAAGCUCAGCAGGCUCCUCCCCCACCUCCAGCAGCAACUCGUCAGUGAACCCCAUGGCUUCUCUGGGGGCCCUGCAGUCUCUGGCUGCCAGUGCUGGAGCCGGCCUCAACAUGGGCUCCCUGGCAGGCAUGGCAGCACUGAAUGGCAGCCUGGGCUCCGGAGGCCUGUCCAAUGGCUCAGGGAACACCAUGGAGGCCCUGAGCCAGGCGUACUCGGGCAUCCAGCAGUACGCCGCGGCCGCCCUCCCCAGCCUCUACAACCAGAGCCUGCUGUCUCAGCAGAGCGUCUCCGCCGCAGGCAGCCAGAAGGAAGCCAGCCACAGUCGAAGCUCCGGUCCAGAAGGUGCCAACUUGUUCAUUUACCACCUGCCCCAGGAGUUUGGGGACCAGGACCUGCUCCAGAUGUUUAUGCCCUUUGGAAACGUCAUCUCUGCUAAAGUCUUCAUUGACAAACAGACGAACCUCAGCAAGUGUUUUGGUGAGUUCAUGCGAGUCAUUUAAUGACCUAUGAAAUAUCUAAAUCGGCUCCCUGGUGAUCUAAUUGUAUAAAGCUUCAAGUAAGCUAGAUGAAUUAAUUAAGCAUCAGCCAAGGUUUCUGUGCUUCUGGUUUCAAACUCUUGUCUUUUUGCUUUUCAUGAUUGACAGAUGCUCGGGUUCAUUUUUGCACACGAGGACGGAGGAUUUCUUUCCUGUGAAUUCAUUCUUGGCACAAAAGGCCAAAUAGAACCAGUUUGUGUUGAGCGAUAUAGCGAUUAAAAGGCCGCGCGUGAAACAUGAGACCAACUCAAAGCUCCACAUUAAACUCACAUUAGCAUCACCUGCUGCCAAUAUUGUUUUAACCAAAAAAGCCAACCGGGAUUAAAACACAGAAUCCGUCCCCUGCAAGCCUGUUUGGAGCCAUUACCCACAAUGCCGUCCUCAGCAGUGCGCUUCGUUAGCAAAUAACUCGCCUGCUCUCACAGAAAUGUAACGUGGCAGAAGCCUCAUGUAUUUUUGUCAGCUGCACUGACUCGACUCAAUCCGACGCCGUCCUCGUCCGCAGGUGAUGAUUGGCUACUUUAAGACGGCCUUCUGGGUAACGGUUACGAGCACUGGAGAGAACAAUGUGGGGAGGGGUUUUAAGUGGUCUUCUGUUGC